CUCUGCACAGUCUCUUCCGGGGCGCCAAGUGAACUCGCCGGCUGCCUGUGUACUCAGUCCCCCUGCCUGCAGCGGCCGGAGCGGGCCCCCAGCCAAGCGGCUCUGUCAGGACUCAAGUGUGAAACCAAGAAUAAUACUGAUACAUCAUGGCUGCGCUCUUAAGAUCAGUAGCCACCAGCUGCUCGGUUCCCCUCUUCAGCAGUUCCAUUUCACUGAAGGCUCAGACUGUAAAGACACCAUGCCUGCGCAUGUUCCGUACUCACAGAGCCCUGUGGUGCCAGAAGCCAGUGCAACAAGGAAUUCCAUACAAGCAGUUAACUGUAGGAGUCCCCAAGGAGAUUUUCCAGAAUGAGAAACGAGUUGCACUGUCACCUGCUGGAGUACAGGCUCUGGUUAAGCAGGGGUUCAAUGUGGUGGUAGAAGCAGGAGCUGGCGACGCAUCAAAAUUUUCAGAUGACCAAUACAGAGAGGCAGGAGCCACCAUUAAAGGGACCAAUGAAGUAUUUUCUUCAGAUCUGGUCUUGAAGGUACGGGCACCAAUAUUAAAUCCUUUGUUGGGAACCCAUGAAGUGGACCUCUUCAAACCAUCUUCAACGUUAAUCAGUUUUGUAUAUCCAGCGCAAAAUCCUGACCUGUUGAACAAACUCGCUGAGAAAAAAACCACUGUAUUGGCCAUGGACCAGGUGCCACGUGUUACAAUUGCUCAGGGAUAUGAUGCUCUAAGCUCCAUGGCUAACAUUGCUGGCUACAAAGCAGUUGUUUUGGCAGCUAAUAACUUUGGGCGGUUUUUCACUGGACAGAUCACCGCAGCCGGCAAGGUCCCACCAGCCAAGGUUCUCAUCAUCGGUGGUGGCGUUGCUGGUCUGGCUGCAGCGGGAGCUGCUAAGUCCAUGGGGGCAAUUGUCCGCGGGUUUGACACAAGGGCUGCAGCUUUGGAGCAGUUUAAAUCCAUUGGAGCUGAACCUCUGGAGGUGAAUCUGAAGGAAUCUGGAGAAGGCCAGGGGGGUUAUGCAAAAGAAAUGUCAAAAGAGUUUAUUGAAGCAGAGAUGGCACUCUUUGCCAAGCAGUGUCAAGAUGUGGACAUCAUUAUUACUACAGCUCUCAUACCUGGCAAAAAGGCUCCUAUUUUGUUUCGUAAAGACAUGAUUGACUUAAUGAAGGAAGGUUCAGUUGUGGUAGAUCUGGCUUCUGAGGCUGGUGGAAACAUUGAGACUACAAAACCAGGAGAACUGUAUGUUUACAAGGGGAUAACUCAUGUUGGCUACACAGAUUUGCCCAGCAGAAUGGCAACACAGGCAAGCACACUCUACUCCAACAACAUCAUCAAGCUUCUGAAAGCCAUCAGCCCUGACAAGGACUACUUCUACUAUUCAAUAAAGGAUGAGUUUGACUAUGGUACAAUGGAUCAUGUAGUAAGAGGAACAACAGUUAUGAAGGAUGGAAAAGUUAUAUUCCCAGCACCAUCUCCUAAGAAACUCCCAGAAGCAGCCCCCGUGAAACAGAAAACUGUGGCUGAAAUAGAAGCAGAAAGGGUUGCAGCCAUAUCUCCUUUCAGAAAGACCUUAAACAAUGCCACUGCUUACACCGCCGGUCUGACCACUCUCCUAGGUCUUGGCAUUGCCUCCCCCCAUUCUGCUUUUACCCAGAUGGUGACAACCUUUGGUUUGGCUGGAAUUGUGGGUUACCAUACUGUUUGGGGUGUUACACCUGCCCUGCAUUCCCCACUUAUGUCUGUGACCAAUGCCAUUUCAGGUCUGACAGCAGUGGGAGGAAUGGCGCUCAUGGGGGGUAGUUAUCUCCCCACUAACACACAUGAACUCCUCGCUGUGCUCGCUGCAUUUGUGUCUUCCAUUAACAUUGCAGGAGGUUUCCUGGUUACACAGAGAAUGCUCGACAUGUUCAAGCGUCCAACUGACCCUCCCGAGUAUAACUACUUGUAUCUUCUUCCUGGGGGUGUCUUUGUUGGAGGAUAUGCUGCUGCCCUUCAAAGCGGUUAUAACAUUGAGCAGAUGAUAUACCUAGGUUCUGGCCUUUGUUGUGUUGGCGCCCUUGCUGGUCUCUCCACUCAACGAACUGCACGUCUUGGUAACUCCCUGGGUAUGAUGGGAGUCGCUGGAGGUAUUGUUGCCACCCUGGGCGCCCUUAAACCUAGCCCAGAACUGCUUGCACAGAUGUCUGGAGCAUUGGCACUUGGUGGCACUAUAGGUCUGACUAUUGCCAAGCGUAUCCAGAUUUCAGACCUACCACAGCUUGUAGCUGCUUUCCACAGCCUGGUGGGUCUGGCUGCUGUUCUCACCUGCGUUGCAGAGUACAUGAUCGAAUAUCCCCACUUUGCAACAGACCCUGCAGCAAACCUCACAAAGAUCGUGGCAUAUCUGGGUACCUACAUUGGUGGUGUGACAUUCAGUGGCUCCCUCAUUGCAUAUGGGAAGCUGCAGGGUGUUCUUAACUCUGCCCCUCUCCUCCUGCCGGGAAGACACGCCAUGAAUGCUGGUUUGCUAGCUGCUAGUGUUGGGGGCAUGAUCCCUUACAUGUUGGAUCCAAGCUACACAACUGGCCUUACAUGCCUUGGCUCUGUGUCUGCGCUCUCAGCAGUUAUGGGAGUAACACUCACGGCUGCCAUUGGAGGUGCUGACAUGCCUGUUGUUAUCACGGUUUUGAACAGCUACUCUGGAUGGGCUCUGUGUGCUGAAGGAUUCCUGCUAAACAACAACUUGCUGACCAUCGUUGGAGCUCUUAUUGGCUCCUCUGGAGCUAUCCUGUCCUACAUCAUGUGUGUGGCAAUGAACCGAUCCCUUGCAAAUGUUAUCCUUGGGGGUUUUGGAACAACAUCCACCGCUGGAGGCAAGCCCAUGGAAAUCACUGGUACUCACACAGAAAUCAACUUGGAGAAUGCAGUUGAGUUGAUAAAGGAAGCAAACAGCAUUAUCAUCACACCAGGUUAUGGUUUGUGUGCUGCUAAGGCCCAAUAUCCAAUUGCAGACUUGGUGAAGAUAUUAACAGAACAGGGAAAACAUGUUCGGUUUGGCAUCCAUCCUGUUGCUGGCCGUAUGCCUGGUCAACUGAACGUACUCCUGGCUGAAGCUGGUGUGCCAUACGACAUUGUGCUGGAGAUGGAUGAGAUCAAUGAAGAUUUCCCUGAAACCGAUCUUGUCUUGGUGAUUGGUGCCAAUGACACAGUAAACUCUGCAGCUCAAGAAGAUCCCAAUUCAAUCAUCGCUGGAAUGCCAGUUCUGGAAGUGUGGAAGUCUAAGCAGGUUGUCGUAAUGAAGAGAUCACUUGGUGUUGGCUAUGCAGCAGUAGACAAUCCCAUCUUCUACAAGCCCAACACUUCCAUGCUUUUGGGAGAUGCCAAGAAGACCUGUGAUGCCCUCCAAUCUAAAGUUCGGGAAUCCUUCCAGUAAUAGAUGCUUCCUUGUGAUUUUUCUACAAGCUACUUUCUGGCCAGUGUUACAAACACCAUUUUAUAAUAGAACAUAUUAGCCGUUACCCUGGAGCAUGGGUGAUGCAUUGAAUGACUGAAACAAACAGAAUAUGGGAUAUGGAGUUAAAAGCUGCUUGUGCUGGUUUGAAUGAACAAAAUCAAUAGAAUUUCAGAAACAAAAAAUGUAUGGUUCACUAGUUUUUACAUGAAAGCCAUUCUGGCUUGGUAUUUUAUAUAUUUCUACCCAGUUGUAGUAUUAUUCAUCAUGACACACACUAUACAUUUGGUAUAUAGGGUCCUUAAAAAAAGUCCAACCCUGAAAGUGGAGAGCAGUGUUUCUGUAAAAUUUGCUUUUGUUUUGAUUUUAUUUGCAGGUUUAUUUUUGCCAAACCAAUCACAUUUCCAAAUUUCCUGAUACUUUUAUUUUCUUUUUCUUCCCCAUCUUCAAGCAUCACGCGUCAGCUCUUUUAACAAUUCCUUGCAUUACCUACUUGAAGUACAAUUUAGACUGCUCACCCGGUUAUCCAUAUUGUAUUAAUGUGAUAUCAUACUUGUAUUCCAUGAGAUCACGCAAGUAUCAGAUAUACUAUUCAUUCUGAAGACUCUGGAACAAAACAUUUGCAUCAACCUUUUAAUGAAAUCCAGCUAUUAUACGGGAAGAAACAAAACCGUUAGACAUAUUUUCCGAUCAGGUUUUUGAAUAUGUAAUCUGAUCCAAACUCUCUUCAAAAUGUAUUAUUUUGAAGCUGCUUGUUCAAACACCUAAGCGUGUUCCAAAAUUGAAAUCAUGAAGCAAAGUGUUUUAAAAUGUUGUAUUAAUGAGGUGGAGCACAUACAUCCGCUAAUUAGCAAUCUUUCUAUUGUUCUGUAAUCCAUAAAUAGGACAAUCAAGCAAAAGUUACUUUCUACAUAACCCAGAAAGUCCAAAUAAAAGUUGACUUUUAAAUAUCUCACAACCUUAGUUAGUGCAGAGUCCGUAAUCGAUAUUGGAUUUUGAACGAAAACCAGAAGUGCUUAAAGAACUGACACGACUCGACUGAUCUUGUUACAGAUAUUUUGCGCGUCAGGAGUAUUUUGCAGUAAACCUAGUCAAUCAAAACUAAAAUACAUAAUUUAUUUAAUACCUUACUACAGUCUUAGUCCUUUCAUUGUGACACAGAAAAGAAAUGUGAAUUUGAUAGCUGUAUGAACAAUAUCAGAAGAUUGCCUACCUAAAUGUGAACACUGUCCAGUUUAUGAUUAUUUCAGUGUAUUCGUGCCAGCAAAUGCAAAACCUUUGCAUAGACUGUUAGUGAACUAUGUAGAUACAAAUGUAUUUAACUUCUCAGGUCCUUACUUUUAAGAUAUAUAGUAUACUUUAUACUAUAAUAAAGACAAUAAUAAACUAUUCAGGCUAUCCGUUUAAUAAGCUUUUGUUUUCUUGUAUAGGAUUAAAAAUAUAAUAUUGUGCAGUCAGAAUCUGGCUGGAUUAUUCUUUUUU